UUGCAGUCUCCAUUGUUAAUUGAACAAAUUGCAAAAGAUUCACCAACACAGAUGUCCAGAAUACUGUGGAAUUAUGUGGUGAAAACAGACGACUUAAGCUGGCGACCGUGCUAUUCCAAAAUGUCUCCUUCAACCCUUGACGUCACGCGCAAACGUCAUCAUACCCAGGGCCGGCCCGUGGCAUAGGCCGUAUAGGCAAAUGCUAAGGGCGCCGUCCAUCAGGGGGCGCCACGCCAGUGCCACACAUGUUGGAGAAAAAAAGAAAAAAAGUUGGUACUAUUAUUUCUAAAUACAUAAAAUAAUCCCACAUUAAUUAAAAUGCAAAGUAAAGCCUGUUUAAUAGAAAUAUUAUUUGUUACAACAUUACGCCCCUCCACCCCUCCCCCCGCACGGUGAGCCCCCUCCCUUCCCGUAUCAUGACUCUUUUUGGACGUCACCACAUAAAAAAAUCAACCCAAGAUGUCAAAACGGCCAAAACUGUCAGGUGCCCAGGGAAGAAAAAAGAGAAAAGAAGAGGAGGAGAAACAAGAAAAAGACAGAGGUAGCAGGGGUCCUCACUCCCAGCGUCAUCAACAGCAGUCAUGUGAGAGGAGCCCUCAGCACGCAGAGGAUGACCAGUUCAAGCUGAAGUAGAUCUGUUCCCUGCCUACUGCAGCCGCCCUUCUUUCUCACAUGACGACAAGAAGAUGACUAUCACCAGUCGACAGUCCCUCAUCUUCCUUCUUCUGUCCACUGCAGCGCUCUCCGCUCAUUACCGAGUGUGCGAGCCCUACGCUGACCACAAGGGGCGUUACCACUUCGGCUUCCACUGCCCCCGCCUGUCAGACAACAAGACCUACAUGUUCUGCUGCCACCACAACAACACCGCCUUCAAGUACUGCUGCAACGACACAGAGUUCCAGAUGGUCAUGCAGAUCAACCUCACCACCAGCGUGGAUGGCUAUUCACACAAUAAUUACACAGCCCUGGUGGGAGUGUGGAUCUACGGCUUCUUCGUCAUGGUCCUGCUGGCUCUGGACUUCCUCUAUUACUCGGCAAUGAAUUACGAGCUGUGCCGGGUCUACUUGGAGAAGUGGGGUCUCGGGGGCCGCUGGCUAAAGAAGGCGCGCAGUCAGUGGCACAGGGCCAUGGAGGAGGAGAGCCAAGCACAGGCCCAGGCUCAGCCCAUGAUGGCGGGCCACUACCAGCCCAGACACAGCCUGCGAGGGGAGAGGCACAGCCCCACGUUGCUGCCCUACAACACAUCCACCGCAUGAGCAGUAGCAACACGCUGUUUCCUUCCAUGGUACAGAGGAAACGCCUUCCUACACUUAGCCUGCCUACAUGGAGUCUUUCGCAAGGACCUCGGCCCUCAGCAACCCCUUCUGAUGAGCACAAAGCACAGAGGGACUGACAGCAGGACAACAAUAACAAAGCAUCCGACGGGCUGGCACUCACGCCUCAGUGAGGCCACCCAGAUGCCUGGACCCCAGCCUGGUGAUCCAGAGGAGCUCUGCCCGCUUACGUUGGGUGCUCCAUCUGGAAUUGGCUUCCACCACACAUGCCCGCACAGAGGCACACCCGUGCUGGAUGAAAUGCUGCACCAGGUAAGUACUCGUGUUCUUAACUUUAUGCCGGACGAUAUUGUACUUGUUGAUUAAAUCUAGUGGUGACUGCAUUGCCCGUUUCACCCACGUACAUAGAGUGACAUCGUCGGCAGGAGAUGAAGUACCCACAAUAUUUAGUGUGCCAGAGCGGCCGGAACACCUUACCGCUGUGGCGUUUUACGAGCCACGGCGUGUGGUGGAAGAGAGCCCUUUUCCGAGUCGAGGGCGGGUCUCGAAGCAAGCUGACCCGAGCCCUGACCAGCAGCUCAGCCAGGUUUGGGUUUUUGGGGUAGGCCGAAGACCACAUAGUGGUCCUGCAGCUUCCCACUACUCUCUACAUAGGUCUGAAAGUUCUUUUUAACCUUUCUGGCAACCUGUACAGCCGCGGGAGAGUAGGUGGUGAUGAGAGGAAUCAUGGAUGUCCCAGGGGAGGCCUCUUCUGGUCCAGGAAGACCUUAGUCUGUUUCCUGAGGCUACUGCCCCUCCUCCUCAGGGCAGAAAAGAGGAAGUCCACCCGCUUAGUACAAAUCCUAUGAAACCUCAGCAGUUGAGAUUUCACCAACUGCUUGGGGUGGAAGCUGCUUUUAUACAGGAGAGCAUUGGUGUCGGUCUCCUUAAAACACUUUGAUGUCCAGUUGGUGUGUGGUGGCAAACUCAGGACCCUUGAAGGUGGUGGUGUCCAAGAAGUCGACUGGCGUUGGGCUGGUGGUCGACUUGAUGGUGAUGUCUGGGUUGUGAGUGUUCAGGGUGUUCAAGAACACCCCAAAAUCCUCCACCGAGUGGGUCCACACACCCCAGAUGUCAUCCAAGUAGCGGAAAUACUGGAGAGGCUGUUUUGGGCAAGCGGCCAGGGCAGAGGUCUCCCAUUCUGCCAUGAAAAUGUUUGUGUAGGCCGGUGCAAUCUUCUUCCCCAUGGCCGUGCCUUUAACCUGGAGGUAGAAACGCUUGUCAAAUUCGAAGUUGUUUCUCCUAAGAUUAAUUUCCAGGAGUUGCAGGAGCUCUUUUUCAGGCCUGCUAACGUCCCGGUGCCUCCGGAAGAUGUUUUUCACCGCUUGGAUGCCUUCAUCGAUGUCGAUGUUGGUGUCUAAACUAUCUAUGAAGAUUGGAAAAAGUAUAGACUGUUGGGGAAUGUGAAUGGUUUUGAUCUUGUCUAUGAAGUCAUACGUGUCUUUGAGGUAACUGCUAUGUUUGACGGAGAGUGGUGUCAAGUAUUGAUCUAUAAAUUCUGUCGUCCAAUAGGUCUCUCUGCCGCAGUCAGACACAAUGGGCCUGGCCGGAGGGAUCUCGUGGGGCCUGCUCCACUUGUGCGGCUCCUUGUGAAUUUUCGGGAGCAUGUAAAACCUGCGGGGGCGAUGGUCUGAUUCGCCCAAGAGGCUAUGGAGAGUUUCAACUUUGUCUCGCGUCAGGUUUACCGCGACAGCAGGUGUGCAGCCCGACCCGAGUGAGAGGAUCUCAUCAGCCUGGACCAUCGCGUGGAAGUCUGGAGGCAGGAGUCCAGGAAAUAGCUGAGACCAGAUGGGAGACGUGCUGGGGAGAGAUGGGGAUGGCAAGGGCGCUAAAGGUUCCCGCUGCUACGUUUGUGAGUCCAGAGGCUCGAUGGAAGGGGCCACGGAAGGCGUCCGCUCCUCAGGUGAGACUGGAGGUGGCGUGCUGCAGGUCGCAGGAGGGAGCACGCCCGUGACACGGGACCAAGGGAGUCUCCAGGAUGGAGCCAUCCUCAGGCCUGCUGCACCUCGCGCGUUGUGGUGUCCCCCUCUGUGCUCUGUCUAGGUCGUUCCGUGGCUGCAAAAGAGGGCGACAAGUGGGGGAAGGGAACUGGGGUCACCUGCCCUCACGGGCCUCCCCCCUGCUCCACCUCAGGGAUCCAGUCCCCGCCGACAGGGUCGGUCAUGAUGGCCACCGUUGUGCGAGCGAUGAUCUGCGGCACCAACGGCGGCGGGGGUUAUUCAGGGCGCACCCUCUAGGAGCUGACACGCAUGUCCACAAGGACAGAGACUAUUUGGGCCUCUGCUUGUUUGAGGGUGUCUGCCUCCAGUCUGCGCCCCAAAUGUUUUUUAGCCCACGUAGAUGCAACUUGAAAUGGGGCCUUUCAUUCCUCUCCAAUA